AUGGUGCGCGCCAGCAAGGACAAGCGCGACGUAUUCUACCGCAAGGCUAAGGAGGAGGGCUGGCGAGCGCGCAGCGCGUUCAAAUUGAUACAGGUCGACGAGGUGUUCGACAUCUUUGCAGGCGUCCGGAAUGCAGUGGACCUGUGCGCGGCGCCGGGCAGCUGGUCGCAGGUCCUCAGCCGGAGGCUGUACUUGCCGGCCCUGAAGCAGCAGCAGCAGCAGCAGCAGCAGCGGGAGGUAUCAGCAGGCGAGGUGGUCACGACUGGCGACAGCACGGCCGCCACCCCCACUGAUGGCGGCAGGAGCGGCGGCGGCAUGCCCGUAAUCGUCUCGGUCGACCUGCAGCCGAUGGCGCCCAUUGAGGGGGUGGUGCAGCUGCAGGGUGAUAUCACCAGCGAGGCCACGGCAGCACAGGUCAUCGGCCACUUCACGGGCCGCAAGGCCGACCUGAUCGUCUGCGACGGCGCCCCCGACGUGACCGGCCUCCACGACCUCGACGCCCACGUCCAGCUGCAGCUGAUGCUCGCCGCGCUGGCCGUCUCGGCGGCCGUGCUGCGGCCGGGCGGCACGUUUGUGGCGAAGAUCUUCAGGGGCAAGGACAUGGGGCUGCUCUACAGCCAGCUGCGGCUGGUCUUCUCGGAGGUCCACUUUUUCAAGCCCCGCAGCAGCCGCGCAGCGAGCGUCGAGCAGUUUGCCGUGUGCCGCGGGUUUGACUUGCCGCCGGGCCUCGAGCCGCGGCGGCUGCGCGCGAUGUUGGCAGCAAGCACCUGA